UCUUAAGCAUCAAGUGUUCGAUUACAUUGAGUGCUUUGUCUUAUUUGUUUUCAUAAAAUUCUUCGAAUAUUACAGUGCGCAAAAGACAUGGAAAAAAUGAAAUUAAGUCCAACAAUAGAUAUGAAAUUAAGGAAUAGGAAUAGUAUAAAUAAACUGAAACAUAGUUCUCCAAAAUUGCAAGAAGUCUUAAGAGAGAGGUGCCGACAAAGAAUGCGAGAAAAACGAGGACAAUUAUUUAAUAAACGUAGAUUUGGUUUGGAAAUCAAUUCGAAAAAUGUACAAGAUACAUUAACUGAAAUCGUUCGUAAAGAAUUAAAAAAUCUCGCAACUACAGAUCUAGAUCCAACUUUAAACCCCUUUUCUCCCAUUGUAAAUGAACCACUUGACCCAGAAGAAGCACUUGAGCUUGAAAAUGAAAUACUCAAUGAAGAAGAACAAUGGAUAUUACAAGAAUAUGAAAAAAUGACACAAGAAGAAAUUGAAUUAUUAGCCAUGGUUGCAGAUCAAGAAACUGAUGAAGUUAUUUGUCCUAUAUGUCAGAUAUCUAAUUUGAUAGAGAAAGAAAAUAAAGUAAGUUGUCAAUCUUGUAACUUUGUAUUGAAUAAUUGUAUUAAUGUAAAGGAAGUGGGAUAUCUCAUUAGGCAAUGUGUAGAUACCCAUUCUAUAGGAUGUAAAGAGUCACCUGGUUUUUUACCAAUUGCUGAGAACAAUAAUAUAUCGUUAUAUUUAAUAUGUGAUCAGUGUUCAACUUGGACAUCAAUAAUCUAA